GGCCGGUGCUUCCAUUAUUCAUGAGAAGAAUCAGUACUUGUGGGACUUCGCGGAUGAAUUUCAACUGCAGAAGUUGAGCCCACCCGCCAUGCGCUUGUGGCUCCACAAUGGGAGAAGCAAAGUCUUCGAGGUCAGUGAGACGAAGUUUAUCGCGGUAUUGCAGCUUCUUUGGAGAUACGGCUGGGGGCCUUUCAAGAUGGACCAGUGGGUUCAAGGCUUCCUCAGGAAAUUUGAAGCCAUCUACACCUUGCAAGAGGAGUCGAAAGCCUUCACAUCUCCAAGACGCCUUUUAGAGGCCUGCGACCGCGCCUUCCCUCCGAUGCUCUCCGAGACCCUGAGAGAGCGCCUCGAGAGCGAUGGCUUUGGGCAGCAGAUGGUGGAGGAGUUGGUGGAAGGCAUGGUCAGGAUCAACUAUGGCCAGGGACUGGAUGUAGGUGCCUUUGUGGGAGCUGUCGCCCUCUGUGGUUUCGUAGGACCGCUAUGGGCUGUGAAGGGCGGCAAUCACUUGUUGGCCGAGAAGUUGUUGAAGUCCGCCAGUGCCAAGUUGAUCCACGCGAAGGUGCAAGAGAUUCGGGCAGCAGAUGACCGCUACAGCAUUCGGGCACACUCCAGGGACAAAGAGCUUCUGGAGGACGGUUAA